AUGGAAGGAUUAUACAUGACUAUUAAAGACUCGGUUGUGGCUCAAUUAUAUCGUGGUGCUAAAGUGGGAGAGAAAGCAUCGUUGCAAAUAGCAGUAGAACCGGAGCGAAUCGCGUACAACGAGGGUGAAGGGUUUGCGGUGGAUUACUCAUUCUAUCAUUUGAAUCAAUCAUUAUCAGUUUAUAAUUUUAUUAGUAAUCGGUUAUCAUCACUGAUUCAACACCGGCCAUGUGCAAGCCUUUCAGGUGGAGUACUGGAGCAUACUCGAAGAAGAUAUAAGCAGAGAUGAAGAGGCUUCAGGAAUUUGAGGCACAAAUCAAGACAUUAUGAGAUAUAUUUUUGGUUUCAGACACUUCCGGUACAAAAAUGAAUGGCCCGGCGUGAUGGCACAACAUCAUUCCCCCUCAUGAUUUCCGCAUUUAUGAUCUCUUUUACUCUAAUAUUUUGUGAUAGUUUGUAUUUUGGAUGAUUUCGAGACAUGUGAUGUUUGAAUUGAUGAAUUUAAAAAUAAAAUUUUUACUUAUGAAUUUUGGGUCGU